GAGUAGGAGUGUAAAGAGAGAGAGAGAGAGAGAGAGAGAGAGAAAGAGAGUGUGGGAACGAGCGAGAGUGAGAAAGAGAAAGGGAUAGGUCUCUCGGGUAGAAAUUUCGUCGACCGAGAAAGCCCGAGUGAAAAGGGGGUGGCGCGCGUUGGCUAGCAAGGGCGCCAUCUAUUCGUUCAGUACCCGGCCACCCUCGAAACACCCGUCGUGCAUAAACCGCGCUCGUACUUUCCCGUAUAAUUGCGGCGUUUCAGUGGCAGCCGAUCGAGCCAGUGCACCCGUGCCUUAAUAAAGUGACCAGUGUAUGCCUUUGGGGGGAAGGAGAUAGAUAAAGCUUCUUUGAAGGUGGGCCAACGUAUGAAGUACUCGCUUUCGUGCUCGCCGCAAAUGAAACGUGUGCGAGAAGAGAAUGGACAUACUCCUAAGGGACAUGAACGUUACGUGGCGAUGACAAGCCUGAUCUUGGAGAACGCGGACUUAAACCGACUUUUUCCAAAAUGCCGGCCUAGGGGCGGCCCACCCCCGCCCCCGGGGGGCUCCACGCAGAAUAGUCAGCCGCAUGACAACAACCCUUGCCAAACGGAGCCCGCCUCUGUUACCACCAUCACCACGUCCUCCACCGUCACGAUUGCCGUUUCUGCUAACGAAACCACCCCUCCUACAAAUCUUGUUUCUGUCAUAUCUGACGACAUGAUCGACCUUGAACGCGACACCUCCGACAGGUAUAGGAAACGAGCGAAUGGCAGAAAAAAAUCAGCUUCGCUGUCCCGUAGGACGGCGAGCGUGGUGGCCGGUUAUGGUGCCGAGGGCCAACUACCAAUCGGUACGUCUACGAAGAAGCCAUUAUCCUCGAGCUCGUCUUCGGCAUCGGGACGAAGCGAGGAUGCACCUCAAUAUGGGAGCCUGGCGGGUAGCGAUCAUCAGACGCAAUCGCAACAAGAGGACAGCGGACCCGAGGAAAGUCCCGUUUAUAUUUUGACCUCCGCUAAGGGAGAUCGCAGCUACAAAUUACGAAACUCCAGAAUCAUAGAAAUUGCUGGUGGUCGAGAAGUUUUCUCUCAAAGCCGAGGAAAAGUAGCAGCAAGGAAAUCUCGCUUUAACGCUGCAUCGAAUUCAUUAAAUAACGAGGAUACUCAAGCAGACAACAAAUUAUCCAUUAAGAAAAAUAAUAAGUCUCCGAGCACACAAACUAUUUGGGAAUUACGAAGCCGAUGUGGUGAAACAAGGAAACAACGUACGAACCGAGAGGUUACAGAAACUGUAUUCUCAUCUGAGGUGCACUCAGUACGACGUAAUCCUACUAAGUCUAUCCUUGAUUACGAUUCUCCUAAAAGUAAUCGUAGCAAUUGUAUUAUUAAUUAUGAUUCGAUUUUAAAUAGCAAUAAUGUAGAAUACAGUGUACCUAAAAGUAUUACUGAUCUGGAUUAUGGAUUACCAAAGAACUGUGUAGAUUAUCAAUCAAACCACACUACACCAGCAAGAAGUAUGGCUAUUGUUAGUGAUGGUGAAGUGGUGGUGUUCGAUGAUAUAGAUGAUAAUUGGCAAGGUCUGCGUUUGGAUUUAGCAUCAAAUAAUACGACUCAAGUUACUACAACAAAUAUAGAUUUGGAAACAGAAGAUCAACAGAGAGGUCGUAUUCCUCCUGAACCACCAAGUUCUAGCGUUGGUAGUACACCAAGUCCUACAACAGCAUAUCACCAUAAUACAUCUGAAUUCUUUAAGGUCGUAACAACAGCAAGUGAUUGUGAAAUAGAUUCACCUUCGCCAGAGCGUAAUCAUAAAGUAGCAAGAGUAAUAGGAGAACUACCAAUCGCACAGUAUUCAGGAAGUCCAAGACGUUAUGGCGUUCGUGAAAAUCCACAACUUCCUAGUUUGUUGUCAUCACCCUCUGUAUACAUGACACCAAGACCUGGCUUUCCACAAAGAGUAUUACCAACAACACCCAAUCAUAAAGAGAAGGAGGAUACCUCUGCUGAAAUUAUUGUAGAAAAACCUGUGAUAGAAACAACCAUAGCUCACACGGAAGAUCAAUCGAUAAAUGUUUCACCAUCGUCUCCUAAAAUUGAGGAUGAGGAAGAAGAUUCAUUGAAACCACCAGCUUUACCUACUGACAAUAUAAGUAGUCUUGUAUCACCAGGUGGUAGUACUUUUGAUUACUUAUAUGAAUUUUCUGAAACUCGAAAAGUAUUAGAAGAAUUUUUCAAAUGUCCACCUCCAUCCAAAGAGAAAGAAAAUAGCAUUGAAUCGUUUCCAUUCCAAGACUUGGAUUAUGAACUGCGAAGACAAGGAGGAAGUGCAUAUGUAGGUCAGCGUUUAGCUAGUGGUCCACCCCCAACUGAGGAGGUUAUGGUACACGAAUCACCAAAAAAGCAGAGACCUGAUUUUCCUCAAAACACUGGCGAACAUGAAAACAAUUUUUUGGAUCUCUCAGUAGGCACUGGAAGCAGUGAAGACCUUGGAGAGACAGAAGUUGGCUUACAGGUUGGCCACUCACGUAAUUUUACUUUAAGUCCUGAAACAACUGACUGCGACAGCAAUUGCGGAGAUUUAGAUAGCGAAGUUUCUCUAAUGAUGAUGGAUAAUGAAUUAAUGCCGGCCAGUGGUUUACUUGGUUCAGUUGGAGAUUUAGGAAAUAAUUCGGAUUCUCUUAGAAUCUAUACGAGUAUGCCUGUAUUGGAAGACGGUUUAUCAAGUGGACAUGCCAGUGACACAGAUAAUAAUAAUCCAACGGUAAUGCUUAUGAAACGGCAAAUAAAUGAAAUAGAGAAAGAAAUCAUUCAAAGGACGCGCAAUGACAUGUUAGGAACUGAAAAUGAAUCUGGCAAAGAUGUGAGUUUAAAUGUCACAAAGGAUAUUUUACAUACGUUGAAAACAUCGUCACCUGAUUUAUUUAUUGCGAAAAAGGAAAACUCAUAUGAGACCAAUGAGUUACAACUUGAUGGAUUAGAUCCUUUGGGUACACCUCCACCACCGGCACCUCAAGGUAGACAAAGUGUCAAUUUGGAAAUAGGUGGUGAGGUAGAAGCAGCUAUUAAAGAUAUUAGAAUGGCAUUACAAAGAACUAAAACACUUCCUGUUAAAUCGCCAUCUGAAGAACCACCAGAACCAAGUGUUAGUCCUAUUUGGAUACCAAGUAUAUUGGAUUCCAGGCGGAGAAUAUGUAUGGAAAGUAAUAGCGAGGAUUCGGAAGCUCGACGAGCAGGUGAUGAAGCGGACGUAGAAAUUGAAGAAGGUCCAGACGAAGAAGAAGCAGAUACUGAUCUUGAGACUGAUCGAUUAUUAGGACAACAAAGAACUGAUGAUCAAGGAUUUUAUGAUGAUAAAGGGUGGCGGAAGCCUAAGACUAGGACAAUGUUACCACCAAUGAGUGCAAAAAUCGCAACUCCUAAGCAAACCCCUCCUAAAACCUUAAGUGUUACUCCUAUAGAAACGCUAGCACCGUCCGAACCUUUGCCAUCUACGUCUACUUCCAUUUCUCCACCUCCUGUAGUAUCUGUUAUUCAAUCAUCACCUUCUGAACGCGAAGUAACUACCCCUACGCAACCUGCAACAAGUCCGCCGAAGACCCCAGUCAAAAAUUCUCCCUCGUCUCCCCAGAGUCUGAAGGAAUCCAGCAACAAGGUGAAAAAGGAUAAAGAAGGAAAGAAGAAAAGUCGAAAUAAAGAAGCAUUAUUGGACGAUCCUUCAGUGUUGAUCGAAGGUGUAUUAUUCAGAGCAAGAUACUUAGGAUCUACACAAUUAGUAUGCGAGGGUCAACCAACAAAAUCAACUAGAAUGUGUCAAGCAGAAGAAGCUGUUUCUCGAAUAAAGGAUGGGCCAGUGCCAAUGCAGGCUACGCUCUUAAACUAUGGGGGGCAGCAUGGUUACGGCCGCUGCAGCAUUACUUCACAAGGAAGCCUAGAGGAAGACGAAUGUGACUCAAGCGAAGAACUUAUAGGGAGUGCUUCUGGUGGGGGCCAGUCCGAGACACACACAAUAGCCGCCCAACCAAAACUGGCCCCGAUCAGUGGCUCCUUGGGCCCCACAACCGUUUUCAGACUACAAUUUCUUGGGUCGGUGGAGGUGGAAGAGGAAGGGGGACGUAAACGGCGUAAGCGCCUUAAGAAUCACAUGGUGGAAGAGGCUGUGACUAAAAUAAAGGCAUUGGCACCAGAUGGAGAAACUCAACCCAGUACCGAAGUCGACCUAUUUAUUUCAACAGAAAAAAUUAUGGUCCUUAACACUGAUUUGAAAGAAAUUAUGAUGGACCAUGCUUUACGAACAAUCUCGUACAUAGCAGAUAUCGGUGACUUGGUCGUUCUCAUGGCCCGAAGACGAUUCGUACCGCAUGAGAUGGAAGAAGCCCCCAAGAUAAACAGGACUCCUAAAAUGAUCUGUCACGUUUUUGAAAGUGAAGAAGCUCAGUUUAUUGCACAAAGUAUCGGACAAGCAUUUCAAGUAGCUUACAUGGAGUUCCUAAAAGCAAAUGGAAUAGAAGAUCAUAGUUUUGUUAAAGAAAUGGAUUAUCAAGAAGUACUUAAUUCGCAGGAGAUAUUUGGCGAUGAGUUGCAAAUGUUCGCAAAAAAGGAAAUGCAGAAAGAGGUGGUUGUACCAAAAGCAAAAGGUGAAAUUCUUGGUGUAGUAAUAGUUGAAUCUGGAUGGGGCUCUAUGCUGCCAACUGUAGUUAUAGCUAAUCUAGCACCAGCUGGUGCUGCUGCUCGUUGUGGGCAAUUGAAUAUUGGUGAUCAAAUAAUAGCAAUUAAUGGCGUGUCGUUAGUUGGCUUACCUCUAUCAACAUGUCAGACAUAUAUAAAGAACUCAAAAAAUCAAACGGUCGUAAAGUUAACUGUCGUACCAUGUGCACCCGUUGUUGAAGUGAAAAUCAAGAGACCUGAUACGAAGUAUCAGUUAGGAUUUAGUGUACAGAAUGGGGUGAUAUGCAGUUUGUUAAGAGGUGGUAUCGCAGAAAGAGGGGGAGUAAGAGUAGGUCAUAGAAUAAUCGAAAUUAACAAUCAGAGUGUUGUUGCUGUACCACAUGAAAAGAUCGUUAAUCUUCUUGCCACCUCUGUCGGUGAAAUCCUGAUGAAGACAAUGCCCACUUCGAUGUUUAGGCUGUUAACUGGCCAGGAAUCUCCAGUGUACAUAUAAACGUUCAGUUGCCUGGCUGAUGCGUAGUGAACAGACAAUACAUCCGCCAUCCACUACCACACUAUUUACCACUUUAUUGUACAGAUUAUUUCACGCAAAUUGCUUUGUGUUACAAUUCCAAUGGAGCAGUUCAUACAUCACCAGCGCUCCUGCUUAGUAAACCAAGACUACCUAGGUAGGUUACUGAAACAUUAUUGAAUAUUUACCCGAGCAUAAUUUAUAUAAUUAUUGUGAUUACCUUAAAUAUACAUAAUAUAUAUAUAAAUAUACACCUUAAUUAAAUUAAUGAGAUUUUCUAUGGCAAGUCCUUUGAAAUGCCUUUGAAAAAUUCACUCUUGAAAAAUUGCAUUCCCAUGAAGGAGAAUAGUUGGUCCUAGUGUCUAAAGCUUCAAGCAAGAGUUGCAACUACUCAGACGAAUAUGAUGCAAUAAUUCUUGAGCAAAAGGAAUAAUAAUAAUAAUAAUAAUAAUAAUAAUAAUAAUAAUAAUAAUAAUAAUAAUAAUAAUAAUAAUAAUAUUAAUAUUAAUAAUAAUAAUAAUAAUAAUAAUAAUAAUAAUAAUAAUAAUAAUAAUAAUAAUAAUAAUAUAUACUUCUCUUGCUUUUCAUAUCCAUCAUUUUCUCUUUCCACAUAAAAGCAAUCUUGUAUAAUGUACAAAAAGGAAAGACAAAAAAAUUACUAACGAGAUACAUCCUUUAGUCAUAUGUAAACCGAUUUUAAGAUUAACAUUAAAUCUACAGUGCAUGUGCAUCUGUAUAGUGACAAUGCUAAAGCAUCCAGGCUAAUCCAAAUCAUUGUAAUUGAUAUAAAUGUAUAUGCUUUAUUUUAUGUAAAAAAAAAAGAGGAAAAAAUGAUACUAAUCUCUAAUAUCAAUUGCCAUAGAGGAUCACAUUAUUUGCGCCAAGAAAGACGCUAGGCGAUGCAGAUGAUGCAGUGCACAUGAUUAUAAAUAGCACAAAGCUCUUUAUUGAUAUUUAGAGCAGGGCUGAACUGUAUAAUAUAUUAUAGCUAAUGACGUAGUAAUAUUUAUAAAACAUGUUGUCUCUUCUCAUCUUUUGGAGACUCAACUUAAAUCAUUCAUUUAAUCUUUUUUAUCCUUGAGCUCGUCAAUGCUUGAGACACAUUGCCCAAGUUUAUUAAUUUGUACUAAACUACAAUUUGUCUAUUAUAGAAUUUUCAAUGCAUAAGUCUCGUGAUAUAUACAUAUAUGUUUAUAUAUGCAUAUGAAUAUAUGCAUAUAUAUCAUGUAUGUCUCUCGUCAUAGUUAUAUAUAUAUAUAUAUAUAUAUAUAUAUAUAUAUAUAUAUAACUAUAUGUCGUACAUAUAUAUGUCAUAGUAAUUAUAUAGAAGAGUCAGCAAAACAUAAUAAAAAAGGAGUUCCCUGAAGUACUUUUCAUUCCUAAAUUUUUUUUUCUUUUUCUUUUUUCUUUUUAAGCUGCUCUGCUUUAUUACCUCUUUCUAUAUUAUUGGAUGGUGACAUUUGUAUAGGAUAUGCGUACAUAUAUAUGCAGAUAUCAACAGGGCUAUUAUAUGUAAUUCUAUUGUAACAAAUUGAAUAUAUAUGAUAAUGGUAAAGCAUGAAUAUGAAAAAUGUAUGUACAAAAAAGUACAAGUAAAAAAAUCUUAUAUUCGCAUAUAGCCCAGAAGAACAGACACGAAAUGCAUGUCGCACAAGUUAUAUACGAUGGCUGAUGAUUUGAUUGGAAUAUUAUACAAAAUGAUUAUAUAAAUAACGUUUGCAUUUUGAUGAGAUUAUUUUAUGGAUAAAGAAUUGUAUUUAGCAAAUGUAUAUUUAUUAGAAUAAUCCGAUUUAUCAUUUUCCUUGAUUUCUGCAGAUAUGUAUAAAAAAAGAAAAAAAAAAAAAAAAAAAAAGAAAUUAAGGGUUGGCCAUAAAAAAUAUUAUUAUAUACAUACAUGACUUAAACAACUAAUUGCGUACAAUAUUUAUAUACUAUGACAAUGUAAAAACUGCUAAGCUGACAGAUUUCAAUAAGGCUUGUGUAAGCCUUUUAUUUUAGUCAGCAUCCAAUGAAUUGGUUAUUCAGAAGAAUUCCUAAAUAUUAUAGCGUUGCCAUAUUUGUGAUCAUAUUAUGAGAGAUACAAUUUAUUUUACUGAAACUUAUAAAUCUUCACACAUUCUCACCUAAGGCAAAAUUUCCUCUAGAAUAUUCUUAUUGGAGUCUUUAGUGGCUGGUUGUGCGCACUUAGUGUAACUUUAAAAUGCAUUGGUAUGCAAUGUAUAAUCCAUUACACUUGAGUCACUGUAGCACUGUGUAUUAUAAAAUUGUUCUAAAAUAUACAGACUGAUGCAAUCUAUGCUAUAAAAAAAAAAAUAUAGGAUAAAUUAUCCAUUCCACAUAUAUGUAAGCUAAAUAAAUUAUACCAUCAAUGAAAUGGUACCUCUCUUCUAUAUAAGUACUGUGUAUUAUAAUAAUCUAAGUUGUAUCUAUUUUUGCUGAAAAUUUCUCACCUUUAAACUAUUCUGCUUAGAAUAUCAAGAAAUAUAUGCAGUGGUGCAAAUUUUAGAAUUCCUGGUGUUUGAUAAAAUUUCAAUGCCAAAGUACAUUAAGUAAUCAGCAUUUUAAAAUUGAAUUUUGUGUGCAUGUGAUUUGAACUGCAAAUAAUCAUUUCGAUAGACGAUUAUGGAAUAUAUUUAUAAAAUUCUAUUCUCUAUAAUUUUAUAUAUAAAAUCUUCAAAUUUAAAGAAUACGUUAAAAUUAUCUCAUUGCUUUUUUGGCAUUCUCAUAAAUUAAUAAAUAAUAACAUUCCAUAUUUUUGUUUGAAACAAAGUUGUUGAUUAAAUUAUUAAAGUAAAUAGCUAAUCCACUAUUACCCAACAUUUCUUACGUAAAAAUUCUCUUCGAAAGAUAAAGAGAGAAUAUAAUAAAGAUAAUAAAGUCGAAGGAAGAGUCGAGGACAACACUUUAGUAUUGUCAAUGCAUUAGUCAGAUUUAAAAUUGCAUUAGAGUAAUUUGGGGAGAAUGAUUACGUUAGAAAUGUUUAUUGAAAUAUAUAUAAAACUAAAAUAAAUGAAUAAAUAAAGAACGAAAGACAUACGUAAAUAUACAUGUAAAUGCAUAGGUUACAACAUAAGUCAUAGGAAAAAAAGAAAAGAUAAUUGACUAAAAAAGAAUAUAUAAACUGUACAAAAUAAAUGUUUUGUUGUUGUUUAAAUUUAUGAGUUGUAAGAAAAAAAAAUAAUAUAUAUCAUCAAUUUUGUUUACAUGGACAGAGGAAGAACUAUCAGGUACAAGUUCAUAUACAUAUUUUUUAAAUGAGAAUGUAAAAACUCAUGUGGAUAAACUUUUCUUUAUACUUUAAAUUAAUUUUCCAAUGAAAACAAAAUACCCCUUCCUCCACAUAUAUAUACACACGCAUAUAUAUAUAUAUAUAGACUAUGAAUAAUGUUCUGACCUAUGUACAAUAAUUCUAUUAAUUGAAAAAAUAUAUAGAAAGCAUAUUAUAAAUUGCAUAUCACGAAGAAAUCUAUAUCAUUAGAAACUACACACAUUCAUUCUUUAUGAAUAAAUCAUAUUUAAAAUAUGUGCAAAAAGUAUUAUACUUUGCAGAAAUAUCCAGAUUUUUGGAUUUAUCGUGUCAGUGUAUACCAAUUAAAAAGGCAAUGAAUUUUGGCAUAGAAAUUUUUAUCCAUAUAUUUGAUGAGCAACAGAGCGGUACGAAUAUGAUAUAUGGGAUCAAACAAGAUGUUAUUAGAUUGGGUGGCUAAAACUUAUCUAGUCAUUAUGCUAAAAAUGUAUGAAAUUAAUACUCAGCCAUUGCAAGCCACCCCUGACUGAAUGUGUCUAGCCACAUUUUAAAUAACACAUCUGCAACUAACUUUAACUGUCCAUCUGAUCUUGCAUGGUCAUCUCUUUUGUCUAUUACUAUUAAAAUAUAGUAUUACAUAGGUUAUUGUUAAAAGUAUGUAUUAAGUGUCUUAUCUCCGUGUAUCGUUUAUACAUAUAUAUAUUAUUUUUGUUUUAUAUUUCUAAUUUAAGUAGUUCGAAUUAUUUUAUGUUCUAACAAUAUAUGGCUUGUUAUGGUCACAAUAAAGAGUAAUAAGAUAUAUUUGCAAGAAUAUAAAUCUACAAAAAUAAAUCAAUUAAUGGAUAUUGAAUAAUAUAUUUGAAAUUAAUUCAGGAAUCUUUCUGAAUAUAUAAAUUAAUGGAAACAAAGUAUCUUUUGCUAGAUAAAUAUAACUGUUAACGCGAUAAGUGUAAUGCCAUAGUAAGCCAAAGAUUACUUCCAGAUUUUUGUAAAAUAUUAUGUUUAUAUUUUUCAACAACGUGACAAUGAUAUGAUUGUGCAAUGUCAGUUAUGAGGAAUAGAUUCAAAAUUGCAGGGAGAAUCGUUACCGAAAAAUAUUCGAAAUAAAACCGUUCGUAAGAGAAAUGAAAAUAAUUAUAUCUUAUACAUUCAUAGAGCUUGCGCUGUAGCUUUCACUAGUCAUGAGAGACACACUACAAAUUAUCAUGACUAAUCUCUCUCUAUCAAUGUGUGUGUUUGCGAGUGUAUAAUAAGUUAAAAUUAUAAGUGAGCUAUAUUGAAUGUGUAUAUGGUAAUUACUAUACUAGUCCGUAUUAAGGUAACAAUAAAAUGUAAUUUUGAAUUCAAAUUCAAAA